AUGAGGAGAUCAGCUGAGGGACGAUUCAGAACCGCUGCUCUGUGUUUGGGACUCAUCCUGACCCACCUGGUCCAUGAAGGUACGUCUGAAUCUUCUGUGAGCAGGUCCAUCAUAAAAAACCUGAAAAACUGGACCAGGAGGAGAAGGAGGUGGAGGAGGAGGAGAGAGAGAGGAGGUUAGGAGGAGAGGAGAGGUGGAAAGAGGGAAACAGGGAGAGAGAGAAGGGGAGGAGGAGAGAGAGGAGGAGGAGAGAGGAGAAGGAGAGAGAAGGAGAGAGAGGAGGUUAGGAGGAGAGAGGAGAAGGAGAGAGAGGAGGAGGUCUGAUUGAUGACCUGUUUUAUGAGGAUGUAAACGUGGAGGGCUUUAGGACCCGUCUCUCUCUGUUGGACGGGUCUCGACUCUCGACUCUCCCGUUCUUCUUUUAGCAGUCUGAGCUCUGAUUGGCUGAUUCCUGGCGGGCGUUAUACCCGUCUCUGCCUGUAGGUGUCUCCGUGCAGGUGCUGAGUCAGCCAGGUGAGCCUGUCACUCUGCCUUGUACCUAUGGCUAUGAAGACCACGCCCACCUGUCCCAGCUGUCGGUGCAGUGGAGGAGUCCCGCCGGCGCGCUGCUCUGUCACUUCAUCAAACAUAAGUCGUUCAGGAAGUGCAGCGAAGGCUACGCCAUCAGCUACGCCCCCGCCAACAUCACGCUGCACAUCCACCACGCCAAAGACCAUGACUUCGGGACGCACGUCUGCUCCGUCAGCAAACCACACGAGUUCUACGACUCCAGGGUGGAGCUGAGCAGGACCACAGGUGAGUCUGACAGGUGAGGGGGCGGGGCUUAAUGUUUGUAAGCUCCAAUGAGAGCUAACAGGAAAUGUUUGUGUCUUCAGAGGCGGAGACUUCGGCUCCAAACGGAGGACAGGCGCGCUCAGGUACGAUUUAAAGGGACAGUUCACCACAAAACAAAUUAAAGGGACAUUUCAGUGUUUUUGACGAGACUCUAAUGACCCCCUGUUGUGUUUCAGGUCCCAGCUGGACUCUCCUGCCGGUCCUGGUUCUGACUCUGUUUGUCUGCAUGAAACGGUCCAAUUAA